AUGACCGGUUAUUGCAAUUGCAUUAUUUAUAACAUUCUCUUGAAGUAUGGCUCUGGUGGAACCCUAGCUGAUUUGAUCAAGAAAAGUGGUGGCAGAGCAUUGCUUGAAUCUGAUGGUAGGUGCUAUACAAGGCAUAUUAUUGAAGGUCUUGAUUGUGUUCAUAGCUCUGGUUAUGUUGACCGUGCUCUAAAGCCUGAGAAUAUCAUAGUUGUUUCAAUUAAUACUAGUAUUGGGAUUGAGUAUGUGGCUAAGAUGGUGGUUGAUAGAGGGCUACAACAAGAGACUCUUGAUGAUGUCUGGGAUGUAGGCUGUAUUGUGUUUGAGAUGUUAUUUGGGAAGUCUGUAUGGGAUGGGAAACAAGAUUCAGAAGUUGAGGGCAUUCUCUCUGACACUGGUAAAGGGCAUGGACUACUCAAACUACCCAAAUGA